UGGAUCAUUCAUCCAUCACUGGGACACCAGAGACCAGAAUAUGGAUCCCAUGGAGAACAGCACCUAUGAUUAUACUAACUAUGGCUCUGAAACCCUGGAUCCCAACAUCUCUGUGGAUAACCAUUCCGACAAGCUGAAACCUUUGGACAUCAUGGCCUUGUUCAUCUAUGUAAUAGUGUUCUUGGUGGGAGUGCCAGGCAAUGCCUUGGUGGUAUGGGUGACAGCCUUUGAAGCCAAGCGGGCGGUCAAUGCCAUCUGGUUCCUCAACCUGGCGGUAGCCGACUUCCUCUCCUGCCUGGCGCUGCCCAUCCUGUUCACCUCCAUCAUUCAGCAUUACCACUGGCCCUUCGGGAGCACCGCCUGCCGCGUGCUGCCGUCCCUCAUCCUGUUCAACAUGUAUGCCAGCAUCCUGCUGCUGGCCGCCAUCAGCGCUGACCGCUUCGUGCUGGUGUUUAACCCUGUCUGGUGCCAGAACUUCCGAGCCACUGGCUUGGCCUGGGUGGCCUGCAGUGUGGCCUGGGGCCUGGCUCUGCUGCUGACCAUACCCUCCUUCCUGUACCGCGUGGUGCACAAAGAUCCCUUCUCCUCCAGGACGACAUGUGGCACUGACUAUGGCCAAGGUGGCAGGUACACAGAACGUGCCGUGGCUAUUGUCCGGCUGGUCGUGGGCUUCGUGUGGCCACUACUCACCCUCACUAUCUGUUACACCUUCCUCCUGCUCCGGACAUGGAGCCGCAGGGCCACGCGGUCCACCAAGACGCUCAAGGUGGUGGUGGUAGUAGUGACCUCCUUCUUUGUCCUCUGGCUGCCCUACCAGGUGACAGGGACGAUGAUGGCUUUGCUUAUUCCAGACUCAGCCCUCUUUAAGGAGGUGAGCAAGGUGGACCCCCUGUGUAUCGCCUUUGCCUAUGUCAACUGCUGCAUUAACCCCAUUAUCUACGUGGUGGCUGGCCGGGGCUUCCAGGGCCGACUGCGCAAAUCCCUGCCCAGCUUAGUCCGGAACGUGCUGACCGAUGAGUCUGUGGUAAGGGAGAGCAAGUCUUUCACGCGUUCCACGGUGGACACCACAACUGAGAAGUGCCAAGCUGUGUGAGGGAAGCCUCCCAGAUCACCUUGGCCCACGUCCCCCUUCCUUUGUGGCCACUCUUGCUCAGCUUGUUUUAACUCCACUCUCAAUAGGAUGCUGUCCUCUCCGUGAGCUCUUCUUCAGUCUUCUUGUCUUUCUCAGACUUGUGGCUCCUCUCCUAAGCUGACCGUCCUCAUCCUUCCUCACUUGCUUUUAGGGAGCCCUGACCUGUCUCUCCAUCCCAAAUUUUUUUUUUUUUUUUUUGUAGAGACAGAGUCUCACUUUAUGGCCCUCGGUAGAGUGCCAUGGCAUCACACGGCUCACAGCAACCUCUAACUCCUGGGCUUAAGCGAUUCUCUUGCCUCAGCCUCCAGAGUAGCUGGGACUACAGGUGCCCGGCCACAACGCCCGGCUAUUUUUUGGUUGCAGUUUGGCCCGGGCCGGGUUUGAACCCGCCACCCUCGGUAUAUGGGGCCGGCGCCUUACCAACUGAGCCACAGGCACCGCCCUCCAUCCCAAAUUUUUGAAAAAAACAAACAGAAGCUAAUGUAUCUGCAGUGUCCCAUAAGGCAAUAUGUCUCUGCAUGUGUGUGUUGUGUGAACAGAGGACUUUCAAAUGCUUGCAAGUAGAAACAUUCUCAUUUAAAAAACCCAGUUAUAUAUUUAUUUUAUGGAGAGCUGGAAAAAUGCAACCAGCAGCUCAAAAGUUAUUAUUCUCCUUUAAUACAAAACAAAAGUACCUGGAGCUAUCUAAGCUCUUUUAAGUGAGUUGAUUUAAAGAGAAUAUUAAAUUAAAAUAUGACUUAGGUUGUUUUUUGUUUUUUUUUUAAGUCUUAAGUAAAAAGAUAUUAUGUGCAAAAAGGGUGAGAAACCCCAACUGGGAUAUCGACACUGAUGCAAGUAGAUUCAGGAUGCUCCCAUGGCCAUGGGGAUCCCUGGGGCACGGUGUCCUCCCGGCCUUGUCCCUAACCUCUGGCUACCACUAAUCCACUCUCCAUUUCUAUACUUUUGUCAUCUCAAGAAUAUUAUUCAGUGGAAUUGUACAGUAUUGCCAUACUUUGAACUUUCAAAAACUAGUUAUGUGUGACUUUAAUGAUGAAAAUAAAUGUUAUAAAUAUU